CACACACACUCAAACACAAGCUCACUGCUCCAGACGAGUGUCACCAGUGUCCUGUCUGUGGUUUUGGAGCUUGGUUUGAAGAUGCCCUACAGCGUGACUCUGCCGAGUGGCUCUGGCCAGGCGACCCUAGUAAACAGCACACAGGGGGAUGGGAAGACGUUUGAACAGCUCCGCCUGGAGUGUUUGCAAAAGGGGAAGCUGUUUGAGGAUCCAGAUUUCCCAGCCGUGGACGACUCGCUCUUCUUCAGCCAGAGGGUCCCGGUUAACUUUGAAUGGAAGAGGCCAGGGGAAGUCUGCAAAGACCCAAAAUUCAUCACAGGAGGAGCCACCAGGACAGACAUCUGUCAGGGGCAGCUGGGAGACUGCUGGUUGUUGGCAGCAAUUGCCUCCCUGACCCUCCAUGAGGACACACUAAAGCGGGUCGUACCACACGACCAGGACUUUGAUCGCGGCUAUGCUGGAAUCUUCCAUUUCCAGUUCUGGCAGCAUAAUAAAUGGAUGGAUGUGGUGGUGGACGACCGACUCCCGUGUGUGAGGAGCAACCUGGUGUUCGUCCACUCCGCUGACAAUACUGAGUUCUGGAGUGCACUUCUGGAGAAGGCCUAUGCCAAGUUGAAUGGCAGCUAUGAAUCCCUGAAAGGAGGAAGCACCAUGGAGGCCAUGGAGGACUUCACGGGCGGCGUGUGCGAGAUGUACGAGACGAAGAACGCCCCCACAAACCUCUUCCUCAUCCUCAAGAAAGCCGUGGAGAGAGGAUCAAUGCUCGGCUGCUCCAUUGAUAUCACAAGUUCUGCUGAAUCUGAAGCACAAACCACUACUGGUCUGGUUAAAGGCCAUGCUUAUUCCAUCACUGGAGUGGAGGAGGUCAACUACAGAGGAUCAAAGGUCCAGCUGAUUCAUGUUCGUAACCCCUGGGGUCAGGUGGAGUGGAACGGACCCUGGAGCGACAAUUCCAGGGAAUGGAACACUAUUGACAGUUCAGAGAAGACACGACUGCUGCACAACUCUCUGGAUGACGGAGAGUUCUGGAUGGAGUUCGGGGACUUCAAAGCCAACUACGAUAAAAUUGAGAUCUGUAACCUGACCGCAGAUUCUCUGUCGGACGACGUUAGGAAGAAGUGGGAAGUGAAUCUAUUUGAGGGCAACUGGAUCAGGGGCUCCACUGCUGGCGGCUGCAGGAACUACAUCGACACAUUCUGGACAAACCCGCAGUUUAAGCUUCGUCUGGACCAUCCUGAUGAUGGUGACAAGCUGUGCAGCGUCAUCGUGGCGCUGUUGCAAAAGAACCGCCGUCGGCUCAGGAAAGAGGGGCUUGACAUGGAGACCAUUGGCUUUGCCAUUUACGAGGCUCCUGAUGAUCAAGAUCACCAGGGGAAGGACUUUUUCCGCUACAACGGCUCUAAAGUGCGGAGCCGCUCUUACGUCAACAUGAGGGAGGUGUCCGAGCGCUUCAGACUGCCGCCAGGAAACUACCUGCUGGUGCCCACCACCUUCCAGCCGCACCACGAGGCUGAUUUCCUAAUCCGGAUCUUCUCAGAGAACAAAGCUGGAGCCAUUGAGAUGGGAAACACCAUUAAAGCAGAUCUGCCAGAGCCACCGAAGCCAAACCCACCUGAGGAGGAGACCGAUGAGGAGAAGGGCCUGAGGAGACUGUUUGAACAGAUCGCCGGAUCGGAUAAAGCCAUCAGCGCCAGAGAACUGCAGCAUGUGCUGAACAAUGUUCUGAGCAGAAGGAAAGAGGUGAAGUUUGAUGGUUUGACCCUCAAUACCUGCCACAGCAUCAUCAACCUGAUGGAUGUGGAUAACACUGGAAUGCUGGAAUUCGAGGAGUUCAAAGUCUUCUGGGAAAAGCUGAAGAAAUGGAUUAUGCUGUUCCUGUCUUACGAUACGGACCGUUCUGGACGCAUGUCAUCCUACGAGCUGCGCAGUGCUCUUAAUGCUGCAGGCAUGAAUCUGAACAAUAAGAUUUUGCAGCUGCUGGGUCUGCGGUUUGCAGAUGAAAAUUUUGACAUUGAUUUUGAUGAUUACCUGACAUGCAUCGUGCGUCUGGAGAACAUGUUCAGAGUUUUCCAGGCCUUAGAUAGUCAAAAGAAAGGAGUGAUCAGUCUGAACAUGAUGCAGUUCCUGAUGUUGUCCAUGAACAUAUGAGGAUUCAACAAAAUCCAGCAGGAACAAUGUGUCAGCUGUGCCACUGUGAACACGCUGAACAGUUUUUACACACGCUUUUGUUUGUUUGUUUGUGGGGUCUUUCCCAUUGCUACUGACUACAGAUUUACCUGAAAGGUUUUCUAUGAUUAUUUUGUGAAAAAAUUCUCCGGUGUUGUGUUCUUGAUGGCACGUUUACUGUUAUUUUUCUGUGAUUUGAGGCAUAUUCACGCUUUAUGGAUGUUGCAAGGAUUUGUAAUAAUUGCAAGAUGUAUUAUUCACAGAGCUGCUAAACCGCCAAGUUUUCAUCUCGAAAGGUGCAUGCAUAAAUGAACAAAAUCAGGAAUAUAAAUGAAUAAAAAUGACAAUCAAUUACUGUGGCUAUUGUUAUUGAGAAGCUGUAAUAGAGCGUCCAAUUACUGAAAUAUGUUUAAUAAAAAAAAUCUUUGUUUAAUAUUAAACAAGGUCCAAGCAUUUUGUCAGUGAUUCAUCACCAGGACAAAAAAUAAAAAUAAAUAAAAUGAACUAAAUGGGCAGCGUAUUAC